ACAUCCCGAUAAGAUCCUCCUGCUAUCUAUUCCACUCGUAAGGGAAGCGCGUGUGUGGAUCACUCACCUCCUGCUCCUCCUUCUCUUCCUCUUCCUCCUUCAGCAUCCAGUACCCAGCCAGCCUCACAACACACCCGGACAGCUUGUUUCUCCUGAAGGCGGUACAAUGAUCGUGGGCCUCAUCCUGGUCAUCUUCGUUGCCUUCUCCUACAUCCGGCCGCUGCUGCUGGAGAUGGAGAGACGAGACGCCCUCUUACUCAACGCCACCCUCAGCAGCAACAAGACCCAAUUUCUGAGUGAGGAGUGGCUACGGGAGGGGGGACUGCCGACGGUGCUGGUGAAUGCCACUGAAGAAGGGGCAGGAGGAGCAGGAGGAGGUGUGGAAGGAGGUGGGAGUAAGGGCGCAAAAGUCCCCGUGGAGCCUGACUGGACCCUUGUUCUCGGCACCUUCAAACACACUAGAGACGAGGGGUUGGAGGAGUUUCUUAUAGCUGCAGGGCUGUCGUUCUUCACGCGAUCCAUCAUCCUCAACACCUCCCCAACAAUCACCUUCGACCGAGCGUUCCAAGGCGACGACUUCUACUACUACGACCUGCCCAGCGACGACCAUGCGGAUGUGAAAUAUGACGAAGGAGCGGAGGCAGGAGGCGGCGGUAAAGGAGACGCCGGAGGAGGGGAGGAGGGGGGGCGAGCCUUCCAGAUGAUCCUGACUACCUCCUCGUGGGUUACGCUGAAGCAGAACUUCCGAAUUGGCCAUCCGUUCACCAAGGACGACUACGACGGGACCCCCUCCAGGAACACGUACGUCUUCAAGAGCCCCACCGCUCUGUUCCACUACAAGGAAAAGGAGAGAGGCAACACCACCAUCGUCCACACCUUCGACCAGGAGGGGCUCAUCACGACGAUCAUCAGCGGGACGACGGGGAUUCAGGCGAGGCGACACUUCCGGCGGCAGGGCGUGUAGCACCAGAGGGUGUGUGUGUGUGUGUGUGUGUGUGUGUGUACUAUAUAGGUUUAUGACGCAUAUUGUAAUUGUAUUGAUGUCUGUUGUUGAUGUUGUUGUUGAAGCGUUAAUAAUAAUAAAAAUAAUAUUUUGCCUGU